UUUUCAACACAUCCAGCUGUAAUUUAUUCAGCAGAGACCUUCAUGAAGUCAUCUACAUGAAUGACAACAGCGACGCUCUGCUGGAUGUUGAGGGAACUGCAGUCAGUAGCUCAGAGAAAACAGACGGGCUGUCAUCAGAGAGCAGAAACGCUGUUAGAAGCAUCUGUGUGAGACCUGAUGGCCGACACCUGGCGUCAGGGGACAGAAGCGGAACUCUCAGGAUUCAUGACCUGACCUGUUUGAAGGAGAUUCUUAAAGCUGAUGUGCAUGAGUCUGAGAUUGUGUGUCUGGAAUACUCCAAACCUCACACAGGCAUGAAUCUUCUGGUGACGGCGAGUCAAGAUCGUUUAAUUCAUGUGUUGGAUGUUGAUAAAGAUUAUAGUCUACUUCAGACCCUGGACGAACACUCUUCAUCUGUCACUGCUGUGCACUUCACCGGUAACAAUAUUCUGCUCAUACCUCACAGAUAAGUUAUGCUGUUGCGAAAGGCAAAUGUGAAAAAUGCCAUCGCCACCAGAAAGCAACGUGAAAACGCAAUCGCUACCGAAAGGCAACGUGAAAAUGCCACCGCCACCGAAAGGCAACGUGAAAACGCCACCGCCACCAAAAGACAACGUGAAAACGCCACCGCCACCGAAAGGCAACGUGAAAACGCCACCGCCACCGAAAGGCAACGUGAAAAUGCC